UGUCCUCUUGUGAGUCCUUUUGUCUUUUUAGUAUUUAGUAUUUAUAUUAGGAGUCAUUUUCUUAUCCCCAGUUCAAACAAAGAAGCCAUCCAAUAAUUCUCCAUACAUUCCCUAUAUACUCGGUAAUCGUUAUAUAUAUAUACAUAGAUAAAGAUAAAGAGGUAGUAGCUCUAUAUAAAAUUGUUCGAAUUGAAGUCGGAGUAGUAUUUUAGUUAUAGUGAAAUAUAAUGGGGUGUGACCAACAUAGCUUCCUCUGCGCCGCCGUUGCAAUCCUCCUCGCUGUCUGCACCGCCGGAAGCAUCUCUUCGGCAUCUGAGGCGACAUGCGAUGGCUGCUUCCACCACGCCAGAGUCUCUCUGUUUUCCAACGCUUCUGCCCUCAACUCUGGUGCUUGUGGAUAUGGCUCCAUGGCUGUUGGUUUCUACGGUGGACGAAUUGCAGCGGCCUCCCCAAAACUCUUCAAGGAUGGCGCUGCUUGCGGUGCAUGUUUUCAGUUAAGAUGCAAAGACCUUAUUGUGUGCAAGAAAGAAGGGACGACAGUUAUGGUAACUGAUUAUUAUGUUAGCGCCAAUGCCCAAACCGAUUUCGUGAUAAGCAGUAGAGCUCUCAAGGCCAUGGCUGCUGCUGCAGGCAACAGCAAAAAGGACCAACAACAACGACAGCACCUUCUUGACACUCUCCUCGACCAUGUCGAAUAUCAACGGGUGCCUUGUGAUGAAUAUAAGAGCAGGAAUUUAGCCAUCCGCGUUGACGAGAGCAGCCAUAAGCCUAAUCGCCUUGCCAUUCAGUUCCUAUACCAAGCCGGCCAGACCGAAAUUGUGUCCGUCGACGUGGCAGCAGCAGCAGCACCAUCAGGUCGUCGUCAGGUGGGGUCGCCCAAUUGGAUGUAUAUGAGCCGCCGUAAACAGCUGCAGGGAGGAGGCGCCGCUGCCAUUUGGGAGACGGUUGGGGCGCCCCCGCCGAGCGGGGCGUUGCAAUUCCGGUUCGUGGUGACGGCGGGGUACGACGGCAAGUGGUAUUGGGCUAAUAAAAAGGUGUUGCCGUGGGACUGGAUAAACGGGGGGAUAUAUGACACGGGAUUGCAGAUCACGGACAUAGCCCUAGACGGCGGCAGCGGCUGCUCUCGAACGUGUGAUGACCACCACCACCACCAGGCUGCUGGCCACCACUAGACACGUAAGCACGCACUAGAGUAGAAGUUUCUCCUUAAUUAAUAAAGCUGCUGCUGCAGCUGUGAUUACUUAAAUUACAUUCCAUCCUAAUCAUCAUUGCUUGUACAGCUAAUUGUUCUUGUAGGGUACCCUACUACGUAUAUGUAUGUACUCCGGUAUAAUGUAUGUAUCCUGCUGUUAUUUUUUCAUGUCGUGCCAAAAUACUGACGCGUGCGGCGAUCAGAUAAGGCCUGUACCAAAUAAUUGUUUGAUUCUUACGUGGACAUACACAAUAAUGAAAACAUGUCUUAUGU